AUUUCCCAGUAUCCUUUGCGCGGCGCUCUCAAUUUGACAUUUUCCGGUCACGACCAAACGUCGACGGUUUCAAGCACCAUUUAAACUGAAACAUGGCAGACCAUGUUGAGGACAAGAUUGGAAACUACAAGACUGCUCCUUUCGACGCCCGGUUCCCCAACACGAACCAGACCCGCAACUGCUUCCAGAACUACCUGGAUUUCCACAGGUGCAACAAGGCUCUGACAGCCAAAAACCAGGAUCCGUCGCCCUGCAUGUGGUACCAGAGGGUUUAUAAAAGCCUCUGCCCCAUAGGCUGGGUGGAGAAAUGGGACGAUCAGAUAGAAAAUGAAAGCUUCCCAGGAAAGAUCUGAAUUAUCCUGUUACCAGUCAGCGUGCUUUUAUGGUGUGCCUGAAGACUUUUACAAAACAGUUGUUACUUAGCUAUUUUCAUGGUUAUCUCUGAUGCUAGGGAAUACAGUGAAUAUUCUUUAUUGCAUUGUUUAUCAUAAACUUUAGGGAGUUUGGUCUGAUAUUGGUUUGACUUUUCACCAGGACAGGUCCAGUUAAGCUUUUCUGAAUCAGCAACUGACAACAUAAAGUAAUGUGUGUGUGGGGGGGUUACUGUGUCUGUUCAGGGGGAAAGUAUUGGAAAAAUGUUACUUUCAUCAGUGUUUAGAUCAUUUCAAGGAAGCUUGACUGAUUAAAACAAAACUAACAUUCCAAUAAUAGGCCUACCUAAAACACUCUAGAUUUGUUCACAUACAGUCAUUUGAAACAUCUUGUAAAAUGACAAUUCUAAGUAACAAGUGUAUUAAACUGUUUUAAAUUCAA